AUGUUCCGUAUUGGAUUGACCUUUCUGUUUGCCGUGUCCGUUUUUGGUAUCACUGUGGCUGAACCCGGCCUGAUAGCCAGACGAGAGUAUGACGCGUGUGAGUGGUACGACUAUAAUGGCUGCUGUCCAGAAACCCAUUGCAAGAAAAACUGGUUGAACGAUGGAGAAUGCGAUGCCGGGUGUAUGUCGCCCUUCUGUGAUUAUGAUUCCGGGGAUUGUGACCACAUGUCAGAGGCUCAAUUGGUAGCAUUGAUGACGAAGAGUGCUGGACAAUUAGUGUGUAGCUAUAUUUCGAACAAGGUGGUCACUACAAUUUUGUCGUUCGUCACCGGAGGCGCAUAUUUGACUCUGACGGGUAUAUGUAAAGCAGCAGAAGCGACUGUUUUUUCCACCAAUCGUGAUCGGCGUUCCACAAUAGAUUCUGUACAUCCCGAACGCCUUUUGGAACAGCUAAAACUUGGUAUUGAGCAGGCCAACUGUUAUGAAUCUUCCCAAAGUACCCCUGCUUGUGUUUCUCGACAAAUUGCAAGCUAUGUGCACGACAAGAUGAACAUCAUUCAGCCAGCGUUUCUUAAUAAUCGCACAUUUUUCAACGAUGCCGUUUUUCAACUGCAGCAACAAUCAAUGGAUGCAUCAAUCUACGAUCCAUUUUUGAACUGCAUUGACGAGAAUUCAAUGAGAGAAUGUAUUGAUACUGGCUUGGCAGCAAUUAUCAACUCGGAAUAGUUAUUCGCC